AUGAGUUGUUGUAGUUUAAAUAGGGCCCUUUCCCAGUGGCUGCCCUCGGGGGUGAUUGCAGGCCAUGUGCGGCGAACACCAGGAGGAGCAGGUAGCCCUCAUCUGCCGCGACUGACCCAUGUGACUUCCAGCAGCAGUGUUGCACUUCAUGUUGCUGCUGCAUCUAUCGGCAGUAGCGGCAGUAGCAUCAUCAGGUCGUCCGGCAAAAAAGCCCCCGUGUACUAUAACUUUGCCACUCCGGUGGAUGUGUUCCGUGAUGGGGCGGAUGGUGGAAGUGUCUGUCACCGCCGACAACGACGCGAGGCGCUGGGUCGAGAGGGAGGACCGCUGCUUGUGGCGCCGCGCACGCCAGAUCCUGGUGACCCGCUUCAGCGCCUCAACAUUUUUCGACGCGAUUUUUCCGACUACAGCGUCAGCGCAAGGGGGAGUCAGAACAUCAUGGUCAGCGUCGACACCACCACUCGCCGGUUUCUCGAUAUGUUCUGCGACUUUGAUGCCAAACGCUGCAAGCUGUGCAAUGAAACCUUCACACAGUGGCAUGUCCAUACCAACGGCAUCCCGCACGCUGGGAGGGAAGGCAUGCUGCUGGAGCUUGUUCGCCCGUAUUGUGGAACUCCCGAAGAACUAAUAGAGAUGUGGUGGCAGCGGCUGAACUCGUGCGCCGCGUUUCAUCGGAUUCCCGCUUUAAGCCACAACAACCCCCACGAGCGCAAACGACGUCUUCUGUACCUAUUGAAGCUACUGAAAGACCGCGGCAUCCUCGUGGAGACGUUCAACGUAAGUGACAGCCAGUCCAUCAACUCGGCGCGCUCGUGGGAGUUUGAGCGACUGGAGUUCGUUGGGGACAAUGUGGUCAAGUAUAUCCUGAACAGUGUCAUUUCAUGUACCUUUCCUCCUCACGAAGGAGGCGCGAAAGGAAAGCUAACGUGCUUCCAAUUCGUGAUGGACGGCAACGAUGGUCUAGCACGCGGCUACGACCAUCUCGACCUCCAACAGCUCGCCUCCAGCGUGAGGGUAGUGAGCAAAUUUAAGAGUGACAUUGUCGAGACCCUCUUCGCGGAGUUGCAGAUGUACCUGUGGAGCACGCAGCACGAUGUCGGCACCUCACCCCUGGUGUUUCCUUUUACGAGAGACAUAUACACGCUGCGGGCGCUGGUGCAACAUGUUUUGUAUGAGUUGGCCAUUGAGCUCUUUCUUUACCACAUUUCCUACAUUAACGGCAUGCUACAGCGUGUGAUGCGAGAGAACCACCUGCAGUUUGUAAAAACAGAUGCCGCGCUAAACCCCACGGCUGGUGCAAACAUCAGGAGUUGGGGUAUGAAGGCGAGCCACGGUGACUGGACUGACAGGGGCGAAGACCAUAGCCUUCCGCAAGGCUACGGGGCACCGGCGAUGCCUGCCCCCACGGUGACUCUCAUGAAGGUGCGCUCGCAGCGCGCCCACCGGCAGGGUUCCGAUGCGGCGCUCUUCUUCGAGUCCACAAACUACGACAACUUCAAGCGCGUGGUUCCGAUCGGCGGGCUUUUGCCGCGGGCUUUUGCGCGGGAAGAGUUGUCCGUGAUCCCAAACUACAUGCCGCACCUCCAGAGCGAUGGCACGAUGACGCUGAAGAUGAGGAAGGCUGGGAAUGCCGGCUGGUCGACCCUGUAUGCCUCCGCAGCAGCGGUGGUCGAGAGGGGAGUCGUUGCCGACGGUCUCGGCAUAAGUGCAACAAUGAAACCGCGAGUCGACCGCGAGCCCGUUCGCUUGUCAGUUCCACGUCUCAAGGACGAAGAGCUUAUCCCAGAGCUCAUUUAA